UAUAUAUAGUCGAGACGAGAAGAGAGAGGAAAGUAGGGUUAUCGCCAUGGCUUCACGAGGUGUGCUAUCGAGAGCAGCUAGGAUGAAGACGAGGUUACAAUCAGCACUUGAAGCAACCUUAAUCGAAGUCGAAGACGUGUCUCACCAACACGCCGGUCAUGCAGCCGUCAGGGAAACCGGUACAAAUGAGACCCAUUUCAAUGUCAAGAUUGUGUCAGGCAAAUUUGAUGGGCAGAAUCUUGUAAAACGACACCGUAUGGUGUAUGAGCUCUUGUCUGAUGAACUACAAUCUGGGUUACACGCUCUUUCUAUUGUCGCUAAGACACCCAAAGAAGCUGGAAUGUGACUGAUUGAUUUGGUUGUAACUGUAGAAUCUUCCUUUACUUUUGUUGAUUUAAGUACCAUUUGUACGAUUGAUGUAAUAACAGGAGGAUCUUUUUUGGA